AUGGAUGAUACCAAGUGGGCUAAUGCAAGCACACACCAAGAGUCGGUCGCAUCCUGGAGGAAGCGAUGCAAUAUCGAUACCGGGAAGCAGAUCCGACUGGUUAAACUGUCACACAUGCGGUACCAGCAUCCGGACUUAGAUGAGAUUACGGUGUUCCUGCAGGACUUUGGAAUGGAGGUGGUGAAGAGGACGGCUGAUCAGAUUUGGUACCGGGGGUAUGGCACUGAUCAAUAUGUGUAUUAUGCACAGAAGGGAGAGAAGAAGUUCUUAGGGGGCACGUUUGAGGUGGAAUCAUAUCAGGAAUUAGAGAAAGCUGCACAACUGCCUGGUGCUGGGGAAAUUCAAGACUUGUCAGAGUCGCCUGGUGGAGGACAUUUGCUGACUCUGAGUGACCCGGAGGGAUUUCCUGUCAACCUGAUCUACGGCCAAGAGCCACGCGAGGCUGGAGAAUAUCCGACGAGCAUUAUUGUGAAUACAGACUCUGAGAAACCACGGAUUCGCAAAUUCCAGCGCUUUAAUCCGGGUCCAGCGGCGGUUCAUAAGCUCGGACACUUCGGGCUCUGUGUUCAGAAGUUCGACGAAUUAGUAGACUUCUACACUACGAACUUCAAUAUCGUGCCGAGUGACUUUCUGUACGUUGAGAAGGACGGUCAGAAAAAGAAUGUCGCUCUCUUCGCACAUAUCGACCGUGGAACCGACUAUGUCGAUCAUCACAGCUUCUUCUUGAGCACGAACCCGACGUCCCAUGUUCAUCAUUGCUCCUUUGAGGUCCACGACAUUGAUACGCAGCAUCUUGGUCAUCAGUACCUGAAUGGGAAAGGAUACGAAUCGGUUUGGGGCGUGGGGAGACAUAUCCUAGGCUCCCAAAUCUUUGACUACUGGUGGGAUACCACUGGUAAUAUGGUGGAACACUAUGCAGAUGGUGAUUUGAUUAAUGAGGAGACUCCGAUUGGGUAUGGGCCUGCCGGGGAUGAGUCGUUGGCGGUUUGGGGACCUGAGGUCCCGUCGUGGUUCUUGAACUAG